UUCGACAAUUGCCUGUAGGUGAACGGGGGGAGAUGCCCGCCACAAAACCCCAGAAGAUGAAGAAAACGAUACGUGGCGGGUGAGGCAGCAGUUACUCAGAGAGGCCGGCAGGCUCAACACCUCAGGGCCUCCUUCUGGGCAGGGCGAGCGGGCGAGGUAGCCCGGCACGGCUGAGGCAACUGCGGCGGGGUCCUCAGUCCGCCUCCCUUCGCCGCGACCUUCAGGGGGCCUCGCUCGAGCGGCUCCUGUCCGCCCGCCCAGGAGCAGACACCGGAUCACCGCCCGCCCAGCAUGGCGCAAGCCGCGCAGAAGCUGGUCACGGCCGUCACCGUCAAAGGGCCAAAGCUCGUUUCCGCUGCUAUCACUUAUUCAAGGCCUCGCCUGGCCACAUUUUGGUACUAUGCCAAAGUUGAGUUGGCUCCCCCAACUCCUGCUGAAAUCCCUAAGGCCAUUGACAGUAUGAAAGGAUUGGUGAAGAGCUUCCAGACGGGCCGCCUCACACAGCUCACUGUUAAGGAAGCUCUGAGGAACGGUUUGGUGGCUACUGAAGUGUUAAUGUGGUUUUAUAUCGGCGAGAUCAUAGGCAAACGUGGCCUGAUUGGAUAUGAUGUUUGAAAGUCAUUUGCUUUUGAGCCCUAAAGGUGUCUUAAUAUUAAAUUCUGGCACUUGAGAUGAAA